AAUGAAUGAUAUUAAAAUAUAGUAUAUAAUAAUUAUAUUAAUUAUAAUUAUAUAUAUUACAGUAAAUCCAAUCCUUCCCUUUCCAAAUUUUCGUCUUAUCCGUACUUCCUAAUUCCUAGUUUCCCUAACUUUUAAUACCAUUACAACUUGACAUUGGCUAAUCUACCAAAGUCAGAACAAAAAAAAAUGCUAUAGGGCCCAGGGGUGGCCAACUUGAUUAGACCCAAGAUCUCCUGUUUACUAACGAAACCCUGUGCGAUCUACCAAUUACAUACUUCUUGAAACCUUCAAUGAAACUGGUCUACGUAUUUAUAUUUUUUGCCUUGCCACAAUCGACUGGACUAACAGUCGCGAUCGACCAGUCGAUCGCGAUCGACCUGUUGGCCACACCUGCUAUAGGCUGAUAAAAUAGGUCUAAGUUCAUUAUUUGUAUAAAUAUAAACAAGUACAACUAAAGUAAAAAAAAUAGUUUUGUGAUUAAAUUCUCCUCGUUUGUAGUAAUUACCCGCUUUGGGUUAGCUAGGGGGUAGGGAGAAGCGGAUUCUCGGCGAGUCCCUUUUUUUUAUUAAUAACUAUUAGGUAGUUUUAUCUUAGAAAUUGGAUAACUCUUCUGUCAAGUAGAAUAAAAUUUGUUUGUAAAAUAAAUUCAAAACUAAAACUUUUAGGCCAUCUUCCUGACCUUACCCACUUUAGGCCUCCCUCCCCAACGUAAUGAUAAUGGCAAGAUAAUGAUAUGUAGUAAAGCAAUUUUUUGUUAGUUUUGUGUUGUGUUUAGACGCAGGAUGUCGUACGAGUGGAAGGACAAAGUUGUUUUGAUCACGGGGGCCGCAAACGGCAUUGGAGCGGCCGUGGUGCGUCAGGUCCUCGAGGAAGGUGCAAAGCACAUUGCCAUUCUCGACGUAGACGAGACGUCUGGUGUGCCUCUCCAAGAUGAAAUUAACUCAAAGCACGGGCCCGGCAAAGCGAAGUUCCACCGCUGCGACGUGACCAAUGACGAUCAGCUGUUCACAGCGUUCGACUCUCUGGUGAAAGAACAGGGGAUUAUCGAUGUGGUCAUCAACAAUGCGGGAAUUAUGAAUGAUACUCCUAAUGUUUACAAGAAAGAGAUCGAUAUCAACGUGACUGCUCUUAUAACAAGCACAUUGAAAGCUUUGGAGUCGAUGAGAGUAGACGGAGGUGGCAAAGGAGGAACCGUCAUAAAUAUCUCCUCGGUAACAGCGCUGUCGCAGUCUCACUGGGUACCCAUAUAUGCUGGUACUAAGGCUGCUGUUUUACAGUUCAGUAACUGCAUCGGGAAAGAGGAAUACUUCGCGCAAACAGGCGUGCGAGUGGUGACGGUGUGUUUUGGAGCAACGGCCACUGAGCUGGUUAAAUCAACCAAACUGGGAUCCCUCGACAAAAACGUUACGCCGAAGUUCAUGUCUGAAGCGUUCGAAGCGAAACUGUAUAUUCAGAAGACAGAGUCGGCGGCAGCGGGCGUGGUGUCGGCGUACAAGCAAGGAGCCAGCGGCAGCACGUGGCUGGCCACGCGCGACCUGCCCGUACGAGACAUCACCGACAACGUCGUCCGCGCAUACCAGAUUCUUGGCGAAUUCAAUUAAAUAUGUUUAGAUGGAGUAAGACAAACAUUGGGACAAGAGAAGGAACAUUUGAAGGGAAUCCUCAUACUAUUUUUCUUGCCUAAGUAAAAGAAACUAGGUACGUGACUUUACAUAUGAUAGAGGAGGCAAACGAGCAGACGGAUCACCUGAUGGGAAGUGAUUACCGCCGCCCAGGGACACCUGCAACACCAGAGGGGUUGUAAGUGCGUUGCCGGAUUUAAGAUGGGAGUACGCUCUUUUCUUGAAUGUGUGAAGGUCGUAUCGGUUCGGAAAUACCGUAGGCGACAGUUCAUUGCACAGUUUAGCUGAGCGAGGCAGAAAUAAUUAAAAAAAUAGAAUGUUCACCACACCAACUGGUAAAGGCACUACGAAAAGGCUAAACGAAUGAGAAAGUUGCAUUUUAUCCACAUGUGGGGCAAAGUAAUCAGAUGCAAAUUUUGAGUUGUUUCCUUAUGUUAGCUACUCGUAGGAGAAUGGACUUUUAAAUAAUGACUUUGAAUGAUUAUUUUUUUAUUAUGUUCAUUUGAAUUUGAUUUCAUUUUUUUUUUUGGUAUUUCAUAGUUAGUAGAUUCCUCGUGUUGGUGCGGUGAAAAAGUUUGUGUUUCUUUGUAAAACAAAUAACUAUUAUUGCGUUUUAAAAAGUACCUGUAUUUAUGGACUUAAGUAUCUGAAAUAUAUCUCACAUAGGUACGCCAAUCCAAAACAGCUUUUUGUAAUUGCGUUUACUUUUUAGUUAAUUACACGAAUUUUAAAAUA